GAAAAAAAAAAAUCAUAUGCAACAUUAGCAGUCGCCAUCUUCGGUUGAAAUUCGGAAGUUGCUGCUCAUAUGUGUGUGGAGCAUUAAAUUUGUGUGCUUGAUACCGCCGUAAAUGGAUGUGUCUUGAUGUUUACAUAGCGCAGGGCGAUAACGACACUCACUCGGAAUGACUAUUCUCCCGACCAAGAAGUCUUCUCAGCAGAAAAACGAAGGAGAUGGGUCUGACCCCAACGCAUAUCAUGGCGACCGACAUAGCCACUCUAACCACCCAUCGGAAAACUACAAUUUUCAGAACAGGAACUCUCCCCCUCGGUGGUCCAACACUAACUCAAGGGAAGAGAAAAGACCAGCGCAUCCUCCUGGAUCCAAUUUCGAUGAAUUCGAUAACGUGGACGGGGGUCCUACUCAUUCGAAACGUAGACAUAGAGCUUCGCCCCAUCGGAGUCUGAGGAAGACACACAAUCAUUCACAUUCACAUUUGGGCCACGGUCACCGAUCAACGGGCGUAGUGCCCAAUUUUUCCAACCCGAGCACAUCCCAAGGAAAUAGCAGUCCUGUCGCAGAACGACCAGGGAAUGCUGUUGCCGAGAAUGAUGAUCCCAGCGGAUAUAACAGCGGAGAUGAAUACGACAAGCCUCCAGAGCUUUGGACACCAGAAGAAUAUCAGGAGAGGGAAUACCAUUUCGAGAAGAAGCUUAGAAAAAAGGGCCUUAUGAUAAAGAACAUGGGCGAAGAUGGUGCUUGCCUAUUUAGGGCUGUAGCUGACCAAGUGUACGGGGACCAAGAAAUGCACCAUGCCUUGAGAAAAUUGUGCAUGGAUUACAUGGCAAAGAACUCUGACUACUACUCUCAGUAUGUAACGGAAGACUUUGAAAAGUAUGUGGAACGCAAGAGAUGCGAUCACAUUCAUGGCAACCACAUCGAGAUGCAGGCCUUGUCGGAAAUGUUCAACCGUCCCAUAGAGGUGUAUCAUUAUAGUGCGGAGCCCAUUAACAUUUUUCACGGUAUGCAAAAGUCAGACAACGAACCAAUCCGCCUGAGCUAUCAUCGCAAUGUUCACUACAAUUCCAUCGUGGAUCCUUUCAAAGCCACCGUUGGAGUGGGUUUGGGUCUCCCUGCUUUCAAGCCGGGGCUGGCGGACAAAACGCUGGUGAAAGAUGCGCUGCGGGCGUCGGAACAGCUAGAACUGGAGCGAGCCAUGCUGGAAGACAAGCUGCGUGCUACAGACUGGGAAGCAACAAAUGAGGCGCUCGAGGAACAAGUGGCCCGAGAGUCCUAUCUGCACUGGCUACGGGACAACGAGAUGCGAUCCCGUAAAAAGGCCCGUUCGGCUACUGCAACUUCGAGCUCGAGUCUCUCUUCCGAUGGAGGAGGAGGAAAUUCACCUGCGGGAGCAGCAGGCGGAAGAAGCUCCCCACGUUCUUCACCCCGCUCACGAACGAGUCCACGUACGGCACACGCUGUAGACGAGUCUGGGUCGGCUUCGCCUGGUCAGAAAGGAUUCAGCCCAAAGGCAGGCAGUUCAGGCCUCUCGGGAACAUCGUCCCACGGCGAUGAAGCUACAUCUGGAGUGCUAAGGGAGCAGGCAACAGGAACCACCGUCGUUGGCCAUGCCGAAGAGAGCUUCCCCCUGGUGGAAACUGCCUCCUUUCUCAACAAUUUGCCACCUGCUAUGUUUGGUCUCUCGGACUGGGAUGACUCGGACAUCUUGGCUCAGGUGCUAGCGCAGUCUCAGCAAGAAUAUCUGGACUCCCUCAAGCGCUCCACGGCAUCACAGGGUUCUCCGUCUGCUUCCACAACUUCCAUGCAGGCCACUCAGUCAUCCUCAGUGCCAGGUUCUUCGUCGACCUUUUCGUGCCCUGGUGCCUCGACCGCGGGGGCAUCGAGCUAACGCCAGUCCGUCAACGAUACACCUGUUCCACCUCAUUUUUUUCUUUUUUAAUCAUGGGGAUGAGUUUGUGCAUUCCCCAUUUUUGUUUGGUUUGGCUCUUCCUUGCUUUGACUGGGUUUUUGUGGUGUGCCGAAUAAAAAAACAUUCGGCAGCAACGGCCCACUGACGAUGUUGACAGUCCAGAGGGUAUAUUCAGGAAUGCAAAAAGCAACUCUGCCAUGCUUCAAGGUAUUACAGCGUCUAUCUGCAGAAGGUAGAGCUUAAAUUAACGUGUUUUUAGGUAAAAAUGACAGCAACAAUCAUGCCAGAAUAAUCUCAGACGUGCAUUGCUUACAGUGGUUAACUCCCCCCCCCCUUUUUUUUUUCUUUCAGAUGUUGGUUACAAUAACCCCCUCCACCCCCUUAGCAUUGCCACAUCUUGAAUGUAGCCUCGAAUCUGCUUUCACAUAGCUACAGAUGCACCAUGGUGCUGAAGCAAACUAUUUACGAGUAGACUUUAAUGGCACUGCAUAGUUACUAUUUAUUUACAUAGCUUUCGCGACUACAGUUCAUACAAUGGGGUGACUGUUUUAAUAAGGAGCACCUGUAGCAGUUUAGUACCUCGCAGUACUUCAAGAAUGUAAUGUAAUGGCUCUUCUAAUUUUUGGGUGUUACACAAGUUGUUUGCCUACUUGCUGACAAUAUUGAACGUUGAUUCCAUUUUCUUUUUACUCUCGUCAAAGUCUUGGUUUGUACUCAGUGUGAUCGCAAAACGUUGAGACUCGGUUGCUGAAGUGGAAGACGCUCUGUAUUUACAUGUGUUUCUGUUGAAGCGCGGCCUGCUGAGCAAUUUGAAGCAUAUGGUUGUAUAUAGUGUUUGUGUACAGUUCCAGCUAAUGGGUAAAAUAACCGGUGUAGUGCACUUCGCGUGCAGUCAAUUUGCUUAUCUAUCCCUUCCCUGUACACGUGCUGUCUCCUCAGAUAAUAAAUAUCCAGUGUGCAGCAA